AUGAGUAUCAGUAUUUUGGCAGCAAAGUUUGACUCUAAAGCCACAACCAUGAGAGCUGUUAUCGUCAUGACCCUGACUAUAGCCCUUGUGGCAAGCCACCAUGUAGAUCUUGUCCCCGUGUUGGCAGGAACUGAAACCUUUGUGUACAGAUAUGAAGCUUUGCUCUUUAGCGGUUUUCACCAAGAGGGUCUGGCCAGAGCCGGCAUCAAGAUCAACAGCAAGGUGUACAUUAGUGCCGUAUCUGACAAUACAUACAUCCUUAAGCUUUUACAUCUUCAGCUUUUUGAGUACAAUGGAGUCUGGCCUACAAGUACGUUUUUUACUACUAAGCUUUCAUCAGCCCUGGCCACACAGCUCCAGAUUCCUAUUAAAUUUGAAUACAAUAAGGGUGUAGUUGGAAGGAUAUUCGCACCUUCAGAAGUCCCAACCGCCAUUGUCAACCUGCACAGAGGAAUAUUAAACAUCCUUCAGCUCAACCUCAAGAAAACUGAGAACAUCUAUGAGAUCGAGGAAGAUGGAGUUCAUGGCAUCUGCAGAACUCAAUAUGUUGUCAGAGAAGAUGAAAAAACGAACAAUGUUGUCAUCACCAAGUCCAAGGAUCUUAACCAUUGCCAUGAGAGGAUAAUGAAGGAUGUUGGCUUAACAUACAUUGAAAACUGCGCCGACUGUCAAGAGGGAGUUAAAAGCAUCACUGGGGCUGUAACAUAUAACUACAUCAUGAGGCCAACACCCAUUGGUCUUCGGAUCACUGAAGCAACAGUCCAAGAGCUUCAUCAGUUUACACAUCUUUAUGAGACACAAAUGGAAAUUAGGCAAACUCUAACUUUUUUGGAGACUAAAGCAAAUCCCAUCAUUUUAAUCAGUGCUGAAUAUUUAGCCCGCGGAUCUUUACGAUACGAAUUUAGUACUGAGACUCUCUGGAGCAGCAUUCAGCUAAUGAGAAUAAAUAAUCCACAGGCUCAGAUAGUAGAUGCUCUGAAUCACCUUGCUACCAUAAAACUGGAAGAGGUCCAUGGAGAUGUUCCUUUAAAAUUUAUUCAUCUUAUCCAGCUUAUGCGUUUCGGAAAUUUGGCUGAUAUUGAAGGAAUCUGGGCUCAGUUCAAAACCAAACCAAAUGUCAGGAAAUGGAUCCUAGAUGCAGUUCCUGCAGUUGGCACUCUAGCUGCUUUGAAAUUCAUCAAGAAGGCAUUUUUGGCAGGUGAACUUUCUAUCUCUGAGUUUACUCAGGUCCUUCUGGCUGUGGUGCACAUGGUCACUGCUGAUUUGGACACUAUUAAGACCUACUCAGGUCUGGUUCUGAGUCACAAGGUUCAACAAAUACCAGGUCUACGUGAGAUUGCCAUGCUCGGCUAUGGGACAGUGAUUGCCAGGUACUGUGCUGGAGCUCAUGUAUGCCCAGUGGAACUUUUAAAGCCCAUUCAUGACAUUGCAGCUAAAGUGACUGCUAAGAAUGAUAUUGCAGAAAUCACUCUGAUUCUAAAAGUAUUGGGCAAUGCUUGCCACCCUGCUAGUAUUAAACCCAUUGUUAAGAUUCUAUCUACAUCUGCAUUUCCCUUGAAAGUUCAAGUCGACGCCAUUUUGGCUCUAAAAGCCAUUGCCAAAAAGGAACCCAAACAGGUCCAAGAGGUAGUUCUGCAGAUCUUUAUGAACAAGGAUCUCCACCCUGAGCUGCGCAUGGUCGCAUGGAUUGCUCUUUUCGAGACAAAGCCAGGCAUGGGUCUGGUGACCACUCUUGCAUGUGUUCUGCAGAAGGAGACAAAUUUACAGGUGGCCAGCCUUGCAUACUCUCAUAUCAAAGCUUUGACAAAGAGUACUUCACCUGACCUGUCUUCAGUUGCUGCAGCCUGCAGUGUUGCCAUCAAGAUGUUAAGCCCCAAACUGGACAAACUCAGCUACCGUUACAGCAAAGCAUUACUCUUGGAUGGUUAUCAGAAUCCUCUAAUGGCUGGUUUUGCUGGAAGUGCUUUCAUCAUCAAUGAUGUUGCCACCAUCCUGCCCAGAGCUGUUCUAGCUAAAGCACGUGUUUACCUGGCUGGAGCUGCAGCCGAUACGAUUGAGGUUGGCGUCAGAACCGAUGGAAUUCAGGAGGCACUUUUAAAAUCUCCAUUUAUGGAUGAGGACAGACUUCCCAGGAUGAAACAAGUGCUUAAUGCACUAAAGGCACUCAAGGCCCUGCCAAACAAGCAGCCCUUGGGAUCAAUCUAUGUGAAAUUCCUUGGACAAGAGAUUGCUUUUGCAAACGUUGACAAAGCAGUUCUUGAUCAAGCAACACAGUUUGCUGUUGGAGGUCAUAUACAUGAGCUGGCUGUUGAAGCCCUUAAAGCCUUGCAGAACGGCAUCACCUUUCAGUAUGCCAAGUCCUUGCUGGUAACAGAAAUGCGCCGCAUCUUUCCAUCAGCAGCCGGUGUGCCCAUGGAGUUCAGUUUGUACACUGCCGCUGUUGUGGCUGCUAAUCUGAAAGUUCAGGCUAUUGUUACACCACCUGUAAGCGAGACCAUCAGUAUCGCCCAUCUUAUGAAGACAGAUGUGAAGUUAACUGCCGAGGUUUCACCAAGCGUUGCUGUACAAGCUUUUGCUGUAAUGGGGAUGAACACUGGCUUUAUUCGGGCUGCUUCAAUGGCUGAAGGAAAAAUCCACACAUAUUUGCCUAUGAAAAUCGAAGCGAAGUUUGACAUCCCAAAUGCUAAUUUCAAGAUACAGGCCUUUCCUGUUGUCUUUCCGGUGCAUGUUGCAACUGCACGUUGUAAUACUUCGGCAGUAGCUGGACACAUUGGGGAGGUCGUUGCAGAAAGGAGUAUACCAAUUGUGCCAGAAACAGUAGUUGUGCAACAUUCAAAAGAAACACUUGGCUCUACGGGUUCAACUGGAGGUUUGUCAUCUGAAUCUGUUACGCCACCUGCUAUGGAGUCUGAAAUGAAAACUAAUCUUCCACUUCACAAAACUCAAUGUUCUGUUUUACCUCACAUUGGAAUCAAAGUAUGCAUGGAGGUUAUGUCUUGUAAUGCAGCCUUCAUCGAAAACACCACCCUUUAUAACAUGAUUGGACAGCAUGGAGUACACAUUACAAUAGCUCGAGCCGAUGGUCCUGCAGUUGAGGGUCUUGAGUUGGAUGUCCAAGUGGGCCCAAGAGCAGCUAAGAAACUUCUUAAAAAGAUCAAUGCUAAUUCAGAGACCUCCAAAGUCAAGAGCAUACUGCAGAAACUGAAGUUAACUUUGGAGGGUGAACAGAGGAACAACAAUUUAAGCUCAACCAGGUUCUUCAAUCACAAUAUAUUUAACUCCCAUGACAGAAGCAGCAGCCAAAGCUUCAGUUCUAGCAGCUCUUCCAGCUCCCAUUUGUCGAAAGAGCUCUCCAAUCAAAAAAGCAGUGAAGGUUUUAAGGCGGCACGAUUUCUUGGGGAUUCUGUUCCUCCACUGGUUGCUAUCAUUGCACAAGUUGUAAGAGUUGAUCGCAAGUUGCUGGGGUACCAGUUAGCUGCUUACUUGGACAAGCCCACCUCAAGAGUGCAGAUCAUUGUGGCCUCCAUUGCAGAAAAAGACAACUGGAUGAUGUGCAUUGAUAGUGUUCUGCUGAGCAAACACAAAGCUGCUGCAAAGAUUGCCUGGGGUGCACAGGGCCAGCAAUAUGCAGCAACCAUCAAAGUACAGACUGGUCCCUCAGAUGCGAGUCCUGUGGUCCAUUUUAAAGUGAAGUGGGAGAAGUUGCCCACUUUCAUCAAGAAGUAUGCCAAGAGGUUGUCCGAGCACAUUCCUGCUGCAGCUCAAAUGACUGGAUUUUCCACUAACUGUGUAAAAAACAAUGCGAGACAGAUUGAACUUAUAAUGCGUGUCCCAACUGAAAGAACCCUAGACAUCAUUAUCAAGACCCCGGCAAUGACCUUGUCAAAGUCUGGCUUGGUUCUACCUCUCGCUUUGCCUUUUACAAGCGAGUCUACAUAUUCCAAUGAAGAACAAGAUUUUAAAGGCAUCAUGUGGAAUCUUUAUAUAGAGACUAGUACAGCUAAAUGCAGUAUGGUAGGAAACACAUUGACCACAUUCAACAACAGGCAGUACAGCUUUGAAACUCCAUAUUCCUGUUACCAAGUCUUGGUUCAAGAUUGUACUACAGAGCAUAAAUUCAUGGUCCUAAUGAGAAAGGAUGAUGUUUCUGAGCACAACGCCCUGAAAGUUAAGGUGGCUGACAUGGAUGUUGAACUAUAUCACCAAGAGAGUGCAAUAAAAUGUAAAAUCAAUGGAACUGAAUUAUCAACCAACCAUCUCCCAUACAAGCACCUAACAGGAAGCAUACAAAUUGUAAAGAAAGGUCAAGGUAUCUCGCUCUAUGCCCCAAACUAUGGUCUUCAAGAGGUCUAUUAUACAGCUGGCCAGUGGAAGAUUUAUAUUGCGGACUGGAUGAGGGGGCAGACUUGUGGUCUCUGUGGAAAGGCUGAUGGAGAAAUCAGGCAGGAGUAUCACACACCCAGUGGAUACCUGACCAAAAGCCCAAUAGUCUUAGCCCACUCAUGGGUGCUUACUGCUAAAAGUUGUCUUGAUACUAACCGGUGUCACAUGAAGCUUGAAACUGUUCAACUGGAAAGGCAGAUGUUGGAUAAAUAUCAUUCUGAAUGUUACUCUGUUGAGCCCCUGUUGCGUUGUUUGCCCGGUUGUGUGCCAGUCAGGACCAGCCAUAUCAUUGUCGAAUACUACUGCUUGCCAUCUAACUCCAGAUUGAACUAUUCUGAAAAUUUGAGCAGCAACUUUAGGAAGAAUGAAGAUCUGAGGGAAACUGAAGUUCACAUGGACUGUUAUUGCUCUGAAAGCUGUGUUUAAACUGUAUGUCAGUGUUUUAAAGUGCAUCUGAUUGUGACUUUUAGUAAGAAAUAAAUAGUAAUUUAAAGUAAGAAAAUAAAUAUAUGUAACAUAUGACUUUGCUACA